UUCCCCUCACCCCUUUCCUUUUCUCUUUUUUCGCACAAAAUAGUCCCUAAAAUUAAUUUUAUAGAUUAGUUUGGUGUCAUCCAUACCUCUCACUAGAGAAUUUUCAAUUCAUUACUGCUAAUUUAAAAGUUUUGCUGUUUAAAUACUUUUUUAUUAAGUGAAUUUGCAUGAUUGGGUGUAGUGUCAUAACAUUUUAAAUUAGACUAAGUUUUUGAAUGUAAGUUAAUUCUUCCUUUUAAAAGGUUAUCUGUAUCAAGCUUUAUCCUUUCUGCUUUCUCCUAUGAAAAGUGAAAUGUAUGCUUGUUAGUAUUGAUUUUCUAUAGGUUAUGUGAUUCGAUUUUUAAAUCCUAGCUUAGGGUUAGAGAAACAAAACUUAUCAUUAUCAUCAUCUUUAAAAUCAGGGUCUAAAAUACACAACUUAAUUUACUCACAAUAUUUACAAUGCAAAGUAAAUAGAUAUAAGUUAAGUUACAUUUUAGCGUUACCUAGGGCCUGUUAUUGUUUAUUUUAAAAUUAUGUAUUUUUAUUUAGUCUAUCCCGCUUGUUACUUAUCCUAUUACAUGGAACUUGUUAUUUCCAAAACCGUUACUAAACCAGUGGAAAAAGAGUGAAUUUUUGGCCUAAGCCUAGCUUAAAGUUAAAACUCUCAAGAUUGAACAUGCACAAUGCAUUUGGUAGUGAAAUUACAGUCCACAAAAUCAGUCCAUCCGACCCUUCAUCAGAAUUCCACGGGUUGGAUGCUGUUUUCAAAAAGCAGUAUUGCGAUGAGUCCAGCAUGAUAUCGCAGAAUUUGUUUGAACCUGAAGUGGAAAUUAUAGUCAAAGAGGAUUGGAAUUUCACCGAUGUCUUGGCUGACUACAUGUUAGCUAGCCGAGAGCUGAUAGGGUUUCCUGAUCUUCCAAGCCUUCUCGCUCCCACGGGGGCAUUUGAUAUGUACCUACCAAACCAGAUGCCAUACUUUGAUGGCAAAACCAUCGUGAGAAGGACAAGAGGACCGAGAGCCGUUAGAUACAUAAAAGAUGAAAACGGAGUGAAGUUCUACCUUUGUGAAUACUGCGAGUACAAGUGCAGAAGUCCAGGGAAUCUCGCCAAACAUGUUCGCCGCCACACUGGAGAAAAACCUUAUGUCUGUCCGUACUGCGAUUAUAAGGCUGCAGACAGAGGCAGUAUAAAAAGUCACGUAAGGAGACACACGGGUGAACGACCUUACAAGUGUACCUACUGUGAUUACAAGAGUCCCUACACUAGCACACUGAGGGCUCAUAUGAGGAAACACACUGGGGAAAAACCAUACUUCUGUACCAAGUGUGACUACAGGUGUUCUCAAAAAGGUGAUCUCGGCAUUCACAUGCGCAAACACUCCGGUCACAAGCCGUACCCGUGCACCGUGUGCAAACAGAGAUUCACCGUGAGCAGUGCGUUAGUCAACCACAUGCGAACGCACACUAAGGAGAAACCUUACAAGUGCAUCAUCUGUGGAGACACGUUCUCCCAAUCAGGCAAUCUCAAGAGUCAUCUGUUUAGUCAUACCAAGGCCAAACAGUUCAACUGCGAACACUGUAGCUACGGCACCAACCGCAAGAAACUACUAAUGAAUCAUGUUGCUAAACACGAGUCUGGCGAACUACCGACUCCCGAGCAAGAAGAAGAAGAAGAAUCAUCCGGGGAUGAAACCAAGUAGACUCUUCCUGAACCAAACAAUCCAAAGAGUAACAUUGUAAGCCUCGUAAGUGUGUAGGCAUAGUAAACCGGGAGAGAUAUUUUGAUAGGGUUUAGUUAUGAACAACGUUUUGCUCAUAAGGUUGUAUUUGUUUUGCAUUUGCAAAAAGAUGCAAGAUUAAUUUAUGAAAAGAACUGAACGAUCAAAACAUCUAUGGUUUAAAAAAACAAAUAUUAGCUUAACAGUUGAAGAUUUUUUCACCACACUAUGAUGUUUUUAGUUGUUUUACAUGGGUUAAUUGGUGGCUGAAAGUUACUUUUUGCUGGCUAUCAUCGUCGUUUGGGGACCGAGCAGGUUUUUACAUCCCUAGGGCCGCAAAAUAAGAUGACCGCUUACUUUCUUAAAGUAGUAUCCAUAGCAUUGCAAUAGAAUUGUUCUAUUGUCACCGCUGCCUAGCAACUAUUUAUUUUUUUAUUUGCUGAUACCUCGAAUUAUUCCUUCAAAUAACCUUAAAGUUUUAGUUGUGUUGACUGUCAGUGUGCAUUAUUAUUGUGGUAAAUAGUGGUAAUAAAGUAUAGUGUGGUGAAAAAUAGCGUUCGUACCACGGACCGAAAGGGUUUUGCAGCUCUCGAUCGAUUUUCGGCCCUAGGUGCGAAAUAUUCUAUUGUUGUGCAACUGAAUGCAAAAAAGCUGCCUAUGAUGGGUUUGCGUUCUACCAUUACUGGUAAUUACUCAGUUCGGUUCAUUCUUGUUCUGUAUGGUCAUACCCAAUGCUUGUUCGAAAUAGCAGACAAGACCAAAUACACCUGUCUUUUUUUUUCUACGGAAGAAAUUAAUGGGAAUAAUAAUUCUUCGAUGUAAUAUAUUAGUACUGUGCAGCAUGUUGUUCAAACUUGAAACUUAAAUGAAUGAAUCGUGAGAGUUUGAUUUCAUUUGAAGCCAUUUGAUCCUUAUGUUCAACGCCAUAAAAAAGAAAGAAAAUGAUCUUAACACAGUUAGGUGGUUGAAUUUUAACUCCUUAGAUUCGUAAAUUUAAUUCUCGCAGGAUGUGAGAGGCGAUUCAUUUUACCAGUUUAAAAACAUGAUCAAUAAUUUUAAAUCUACUAUUUUCACGUUACCUAUUGUUAUUGUGACUGUUUCGUUUUAUUUAAAUAUGGUAUUUGCGAGGAAACAAAUGUCCCUAAGUACAAUCUUACAAUAACAUUUAAUAGCUGCUAAGGGAUGUACUUGUUUAUGGUUAAGGUAUGUCAAUGAAUAUCUAUUUUCCUAUUUAUUUUCAUAUGAUAGUUAUUUACUUGUAACUUGGAAACAAGAGUGAAAAUGGGCAUUUGUUAUGUUUAAAAUUGUGUUUCCUCCACCAGUCAUUUGUGAAACAAAUAACUCUGUAGUUAAAAAAAUUAACAGAAGAAAUCGACUUGGCAAAGUCACCUGUAUUUAGCGACUGCAAUAUUUCAGGGAAUUUUUAUAGAUGUGAUAUAAAGAUAAUCUUGCCAAACGUAGAAGCAAAUGUUAAAGUAGGUUUAUUUUGUUAUGUAUUUAAAGAGUUUUAUAACCAAACACGAUAUGCUUUAUUCAAUUAGUUACGAGCAAAAUUCUAGUCAACGGAAACCUGAUGCUUCACAAUCAAAUGUCUCUUAAGCUAGUCAGUAUUACCAAAUUUAUUUACGGAGUUUAUGGUAUAGGUUAUAUUUUUAAAUAUCGUGUAGUCGUAGACUUUAGAUCGGAGUAGACUCAAUGUAAUGCAAUAUUUGAUAAACUGUCUAAUAAUGAAAUAUUUGUUAUGUGUGGUGCCCAUAUUGUAAUGUACAGUAAAAUACUCGUCAGUCAUUAGAUAGGCAGACUGUGUAAAAACAUAUUCUAUGUAUUAAUGUC